AUGGCAGGAUUAAAUUCGAAUCCAUUCGCGGAUCCAUUUACGGACCCGAGUGUGCAACAAGCUGUUGGCGGGGGGACAACAGAUCCCAACGAAGAUUUCAAUCCAUUUGCUCGAAAUGCUCAAUCUGCUCCUUCGAGGCUUCCCACACAGCCCGGAACAGGAGCGGCUCCAGCAAAAAUCUCGGCGCCAGUAAUGAGCAAUGAUGAGCUGUUUCGACGUCAAGAGGAAUUGGAACGAAAAGCGCAAGAGUUGCGUAGGAGAGAGCAAGAAUUAGAACGACAGCAGCGAGCUGGUGUUUCCACAGGAAACACCCGGCCUCAUAAUUGGCCACCACUCCCAUCCUUUAUCCCACUGCAACCAUGUUUUUAUCAGGAUAUCGAAGUAGAGAUUCCGGUACAGUUUCAACGCACAGUCACUUUAGUUUAUUAUGUUUUCUUGACCUAUUUAUUGGCUUUGGCAAUUAAUGUCAUUGCCUCUUUUUUUUACGUCAUUUUUGGUAGUGGGCCCAUUGGCAUAUUGGUCCUUGCUAUUAUACAAAUUUUGUUGCUGUCCUCCUGUUCGUUUUUGUUCUGGUUUCGUCCUGUUUACAAAGCAUUCAGGAAUGACAGCUCAUUUAACUUCAUGCUGUUUUUCCUCGUUCUUUUCUUUCACUCAAUAUUCACACUGGUGCAAGCGCUUGGCUUGUCACAGUAUGCUUGUGGUUGGAUUAAUGCUAUUAAUACAUUCCACCACAGCAUAUUCGCAUCGCUGAUAAUGAUUAUAUCGGCGAUUGCAUUCACGGCUGCAUUUGUUGGAAUGGUGUUUGCAUUGUUCAGAGUCCAUCGCUUCUAUCGUGGUGCUGGUUUCAGUUUGGACAAAGCACGUAAAGAAUUCUCUGAUGGUGUUAUGGCCGAUCGAAACGUUCAGCAGGCUGUAUCAGGGGCAGCUCGAGCAGCCGCAUCAGCAGCUACUACACAGGCAAUGAAUCACGCAAUGCAAAGUGGGCGAUACUAA